GUAAGUCUUGUAGCAAGAGAGAAAGGUUGUCGUCGAUGUCUGAUAGUUGGUUACAUACUGAAACUAAUAUUCUAAGUAACAAAAGAGAUUUAGCAAGGAAGUAACUGCAUUGGGUUAUCACACAAAGCCUGUUAUCUUAUUGCUGAUUUAAUAAUAAGUAAUUUAUUUCCUCUGCUGCUGGUAACAAUGGAUUUUGGUUAUUUAUAAUUAGUCCACCUAUUCAAGUUUGUACCUUUUGAUACUUGUUAGUGUCUGAAACUUGAUAAGAAUAAAAGUGGGCUGUUUUAAUUUGACCGUUGAAAACAAUGCUUUAAUUGGCUUGGUAUGUCCAAAUAGACCCAGAGCUCAAAUAAAUUAUGACGAGUCUCUUGCAAUUAAUAGCUCACAGAAAUACCAAGUGUUUUAAUUGCAAAUUAAGUGAUUACUUUUCGACUUUUGUAACUACUUUUCGUAUUGAAGGGGGCCUAUUAUGCUCAUUUUUACUGUUCAUAGUUUUAUUUUUGGGGUCUGCUAGAAUAGAUUAACAUGCUACAAUAUUGGAGCUUUAAUCCCCACCCCCGAUGAGUCCAUUGCGCUCUGAUUGGUCAGCUUGCCCUACGCGUCAUGCCCCUGCAGUCUGCAGACAGAUCUUUGCAGGUGCUACAGUCUGUGUGAAUGAGGGGAGAAUGCAAACUAUAAAGUGUGUGGUGGUGGGAGACGGUGCGGUUGGCAAGACCUGCCUGUUGAUCUCCUACACAACCAAUGCUUUCCCGGAGGAGUACAUCCCCACAGUGUUUGACAAUUACAGCGCUCAGAUGAGCGUGGACGGCCGCACAGUCAGCCUCAACCUGUGGGACACGGCAGGCCAGGAGGAGUACGACCGUCUGCGCACGCUCUCCUACCCUCAGACCAACGUCUUCAUCAUCUGCUUCUCCAUCGGCAGCCCGUCGUCGCACGCAAACGUGCGUCACAAGUGGCACCCGGAGGUGUCGCACCACUGCCCCGGUGUUCCCAUCUUGCUGGUGGGCACCAAGAGAGAUCUGCGCUCUGACGGCGACACGGUGAAGAAGCUGAGGGAGCAGGGCCUUGCACCUACCACUGGGCAGCAGGGCAGCUCGCUGGCAAAGCAGAUUGGCGCCAUUAAGUACCUGGAGUGUUCGGCGCUGCUGCAGGAAGGCGUGCGGGAGGUGUUCAUGGAAGCCGUGCGUGCUGUGCUCUAUCCCUCCAACAAGAAGAACGCCAAGAAGUGUGUGCUUUUGUAGUGUCAGUGAGGAGUUAGAGCUCCAGAAUGAGGACAGCACAAGCUUCCAAGCUCCUGCCCAUAUUUUUUGUUUUUGCUCCCAGUUUUCUAGAACAUCCCUUCCUAGUUUGACUUCAACUGAUGCCAAAGUGAAAUUGAAAACAUCCCCCAUCUCCGUUCGUAGAGUUCGGUUCCCUUUUUUUUUUUUUUGAAGCUUCUUCUGCCAACAGAUUAUCUCUUUUAAAUGCAUCUUUAUUAUUUUUACUGUUUCAUGUCUUGGCUUUUAAGCAUGGUGGUCUUAUCAGAAGAGGGAGACAGAUUAAUUUUUUUACAGAGAAGUAACGCUGCAGCAAAGAUGCCAAAAAAAAAGAUUUCCUCCAUUAAGAGCGUGUUGCCGCUCCCCCCCAGGCCUUUGACCCACAGACUGCAGCAUAGCUUGGGUGGAGGGGGCAAGAAGGGGGCCCCUCGCAAACGCUGUUUUUAACGGACCUGAGCUAUGCUGUUUACUAUGUGCCAUAGAAGAACAUGUUCAUUGUCACCACUUAACACUUCUCUCUGUUUGGAUCGGUGGUCCAGCUUUUCUUAUCUGCAGGAAUCCAGAAACCAGCCCAGCCUAAAUUCGUUCUGAUUUGGUCUCUUUCCCAUUGUUCUACUGUCUCAGCAAAAGGUGAUCACAAGCUGUAGACUUUCUGUGAUUUGGCAUAGCCAAUGAUGUGCAUGUCAUGGCAUUGGAUUUCUUUUUACAUCCUCCAGUUAAGAUUUCAAUUGAUAAAGUCUUUCCACAAUUUUAUAUUGACUCAUGGACGUUGGACCACGACUACGUGUAUGACUGCCUUUGAAUCAGUACUGCCUAGCUCAAAUCAAAGCUGGUCACCAAGAAAUAGGUUUUAAAUGCAACAAAUAUCCUCUUCCUUUCAGUACCAGUUAACCGCAAAAAUUUUCUCUGUGCCUUUGGGUUUAUGGUAGCUGAUAAUUGCAUAUGACUGUUUUUACGUUUCUGUUUAUACCUAUUUGGGUUUGUUCACAAUCAGGGUGAUUCCUAUUUUUCAAAUCAAUAUAUUUGUACUUGGUGUCCUGUUCACUUCAUUGAAAUAUUUUGAACAUGUUUUCAAUUUUAGACAUAAAGCAGAACCAAACUUUAAAAAAAUAUGAGUGUGUGAAUGUGCGAUGGUAGUCUGGCUUGGUCAUUGUAAUUGAUUGUUUCAUUGUGCAUGUGUCUUUUCCUUUUUUUGUGGGUGAAAGGGGUGAAAUGUGUUUGACUGCAUCAGACAGCUUAAAGUCCUCAUUGAAUUCAGGAGACCUAAACCACCUUUUGUAAACUGAGCUGAGAAGCUCAGCAGUCAUAAACGAAGUAAAACUCCACUUCCAGUAUAUCUGCAAGUGCCUUCUAAAUGCAUCACAGUGGGGUAAGGUAGCAUCAGAAAACAAGACCAUCAUCAGCUGACUCAACUGUGACAUUAGAAUGAGAAGGUGUGUGAAAUGAAUUAUCUGACCAACAAUGGCAAAUGAACCCAGUAACUAAGGGUUGAAUAGAUAACUGGAAUGACUAUAAUGGAAUUAAACUACUGUACAGCCAGAAAAAUGAAGUUUUAGUGAGGACUCUGUCGAUAUUAGAACAAAUUAAAUUCACUUUGCUCCUAGGUUUAUUUCAGGUGUCUUUUAGAAACUUUGGCUGUCAGUGUUGGUGAUGGCUGCUGCUUUAUGCUGAGUGGAUGAAUAUGUAGGGACUGCUGAAAUCUGUGAAUGCAACUUUCCUCAAACUGCCUGCGUAGUGGGGUGUAAAUGCAUGGAGGGGGUUAUGAGGUCUUUGAUGUCACUGCUGUAUGCUGUCAAGGCGAAACCGUCGACUGAGCCUCACACACGCAGUGCCUCAGUUAGCACACACCGUGUGGUACUACACCUUUACACUGGGAACUUGUGUUUUAUACAUUUUUUUUUUUAAAGAAACGUUUUGUAUAAAUAACUAACAUUGAAAAUGAUUUUUAUAAAUUAUGCCUAAUAAAAUGGUCACUUUAAAUCUU